AUGAGAAUCGCCUAUCAAAUUGCUGCUGUUUCAGCGUGUUUCUCGAAGAUCAAUAAAAAAGAAGAAAAGAGCGAGGCCGUUCCUGUUGUUCCGGCACCGGUGUUCACACCUGAAGGUAUCAAUCAGCCCGUAGCUCCAGCUCAACAAGGGAAUUACUUUCCAACUUACGACUCCUCGUUACCGUAUUAUAACACGUACCAGCCGCAAGGCGCUCCCUCCAAUUACCCGCAGCAGAAGUCCAACCAAGUUACACAACCACAAUCUCACAACUAUCAGCAACCAAGUGCUCAGUUUACAGUUCAACGCGCAAAUACUCAAAGAAUAGGAUUCAUUUUUGUAGCGUCGAUUAAACGUAUCGACGGAAAAAACAUUCCCGGAUGCGGAGGAACUAAAUGCAGAUCUUCGUACAUUUUAGAAGGCGCUCUGAUGCCGCUUGAUUUCAACGAUCAGCGUUGCGUUCCCUACUUCCGAGAUCGAAUUGACGCUAAAAACGUUUGUAACUCAUACGCAGCUUGCAAAGGAGUCGUUCAGAGCUCUAGCGGUGGAAACUACUUUGAGCUUCGCGGUGGCAAAGCAUGCCCAAAACUGAAAGAGGAUCCUUGGAAUAAGCCGUAUGGGAAUGAAUACUCUCAUGGAAAAUAA